GACGAACACGUCGCUGCUGCGGUUUGUUCGAUCCGGAUCAGUUGCUUACUGAUGCGGUUCUGCUCAGCUGUGCUCUGUUUGACCGGAUCAAGUCCAAGAUGAGGGAUCUCCGCUAAGAUUGGUUUUCCCAUUUUCUGGGUUUAAAGACUGACAGUUUCAGCAGCUGACAUGGAUAAAUUUGGGAUGAGUUUUGGGGGUGGCCCCAGCAAAAAGGAGCUCCUGGACAUGAUUGAGACUCAGAAAAAACAGCUGGUCCAAUACCAGACCCGCUUCAGGGAUGUGGUCCGGGCCUACAAGAGUCUUCUGAAGGAGAAGGAGGCUCUGGAAGCCAGUCUGAAGGUCCUGAGUGUGUCUCAGGAGGUGGACCUCAGUCAGUGUGGCGGGAACAUGGUUGCUGCUGAGCUGGCGGAGGACCACUGCUCCCUCCACAGCGAGGACAGUCUAGACACCGCUGCCUCGCUGGAAACGGCCACCAGUAUUAACAGCGAGGGCGCCAGCAGGGGCGAGCAGGCCGAGGACGAGCAUGAAUCAGAGCAUGGAGACACCGCGGAGCCUGAGAGCAACACCGAGGGGACGGCGGCGCUGCAGCCCGUCAGCAGAGUGCUUCAGCUGAAGAGCCAGCUCAGCACGCUGACCAGCUCUCUGGCCACCGUCACGCAAGAAAAGUCACGGAUGGAGGCCAGCUUUCAAGCGGACAAGAGGAAACUGAAGCAGGAGCUGGAGGAGCUCCAGGAGCAGCUGGAGGCCAGCGAGAGGCAGUGGGAGGCGGAGUUAGCAAGUCUGCAGGAACAGCUGGUGGAGAGCAAAGCUCGCGUCAUCACUCAGCAGCACGAGAGGGAACAGGAGCAGGGCGACCACGCCCUCAUGCUCCGAGAGCUGCAGAAGCUCCUGCAGGAGGAGCGAGGCCUCCGCCAAGACACGGAGCUCCGCUUGGAGGACACCAACACCGCACUGCUCGAAGCUAUGCAGGCAGCCAAAGAGGGCGCCGCGCUCCGGGACCAGCUGGACAAGGUGAGCGAGCAGCGAGACGAGGCGCUGAGAAGACUCCAGGAGACCGAGGCGGAGAAGAACCAACCGGACCCGCGAGUGGAGGAGCUGCAGAUGAAGCUCGAGCACUUGAAGGACCAGUACCAGCAGCAAGUCCACCACGAGAUCAGAAAGGCAGCACAGGCGGAGGAGCGUGUCCAUGAGCGCGCUCGAGCGGAGGAGCUGCGGGCAGCUGGUCUGGAGCAGCGCGUGUCGGAGCUUUCUGAGCUGCUCGGAGCCACAGAGAAGGCUCGGCAGAGGGACCAGCAGACGGCACAGCGCCUCAGAGAGCGCCUCCUGCAGCUCGAUGCUGAAAAUAAAACUCUUGCCAUUGCUGCCUCCAGCAGGACAACCUCUGACCUUAAUGUGGACGAGGCGAACCUGGAUGUGGGAGCACUGAAGGAGAAGCUGGAGAAGGUGAAGAAGUUGCUGCUGGCAGCUCAGAAAAGUCCUGAGCAGAUAAUGGACAUGGACACACUUGCAGAAACGGCAGGACAUGAGGACGGCGAGAAGACGUCUGCGCUGUACUACCAGCAGGAGCUGAAGCAGCUGAGGGAAGAGUUUGAACGCUACAAGUUGAGAGCACAGGUGGUACUGAAAAACAAGAACGCCAAAGAUGGCUGCCUGGCCAAAGAGUUGGAGGAGGUGCGCGACCAGCUGGCGGAGCUGAAAGAGAAAUACAUCAACCUGCGUAUCCAGAGCGACGAGGCCGAGGUCACGCACCGCCGCGAGCUGGAGGAGCGGCAGCAGCGCACGGCGGCGCUGCAGCAGAGUCACAGAGCCGAGCUGGAGAAGAUCGAGUCAGUGCACAGAGAGAACCUGCUGCGGCUGGAGGCGGAGCUUCAUAAACAGCGGGAUCGCACCAUGGCUCUGCUCAUGGAGAAGGACCGAGAGCUGGAGAUGCUUCGAUCUGCCGUCACGACCUGCAGCCAGAGCGCCGACACAGACAAGAUGGCCGACUUCAAAGCUGCAGCAGACACCGUGGAAGCAUCCGCCCCGGACGAGAAUGAUGUCAUCACCCAGGCCCUGAGACUGGCCACGCCCAACGAGCCCACACUGCUCCUGUACGCUGAGCAGCUGGCCAGGAAGGAGGUGGAGAUCAGCUCGCUCCGCGGCCAGAAGCAUUGCUUGGAAGAUGACAUUCACCAGCUCCAGGCGAAGCUCAUUGCUAACGGCGAGCAACACGAAGAGGAGACAACGAGACUCCGAGGCCAGUUGGACAAAUUGAUGAGAGACCAGCGGCGGGAGGGUGCAAACCUGGAGUACCUUAAGAAUGUCCUCUUCAAGUUCCUGACACUGCAGGACAGCAGUGGACGGCAGCAGACGCUGAACGCCAUCCUGACCAUCCUGCACUUCAGCCCACAGGAGAAGCAGGCGGUGCUGCGGCUGCAUGGACACAACUGGUGGACAACAGUAAAAAGAUAAACGCAGAGACCAAAGGUGGCUUCAGGGUUGAACUUCUCCUCAAAUAUUCCAGACAGAGCUGUUUGGACACAAACCUGGGUACACUACAGCGAUACUACCCCAGACACUGUCCAGGGUCAGAACUGGCCUGUUGGUCUUACAUGCCAACCAAAGGAUCCCAGCUUGAAAGACCAACAGGCCAGUUUUGCCAAGUCUACUCACGUUGUGUCUUUCUCUUGAUGUCUCCUUGCUGACCAGUCUUGCUGCAGUUUGCUUGUCCUUUUUUCCACACCUCUUUGUAUCGAGAACUCUGUUUAUGGAUUCUCCUGGGUUUUGGGCCUUGGUUUUGGUAACCACUUUGACAAACUUUGGACUCACCCCUGUUAUUGUGUGUUUCUGGUUCUUUGUUUUAAUAUCACUGGGAAAAACCUGGGAAAGAUAACACUGCUUUGAUAAGAACCGGUCUGUUGGUUAUACCCAAGGAUCCUGGCUGGUUGGCAUGCAAGAACAAAGUGGUUAUGAAGCCAAGGUCAAUCCAGCAGGGAUGAGACAGUGGACUCGAUAAGCAGGCU